AUGGAUCCAUCACUGCGCAGUGCGCGUGCUAUCCAUGACAGGAUCAACAAAAUGCAGGCCGAGUGCCUCAAGCGCUUUCAAAGUCUCCUUGAACUCGCCAUGAUCAAUUCCAGUGAUCGCACUUCCACUGCGGCAACUCAACUACAGAUGCAGACCGAAACUACUGCGCUGAUCCGCACCUUCGAGGAAAUUCCGACUCUUAUCCGACAACUGCAGGAACUGUGGCUACGAGGUCCGCUCAACACCCUUGGUGAUAGCAAGGCAAAGCAGAGCACCGACGAGACUGCCAAUGCCGUGGCGGAGGCGCUGCGAAUGCUCACCGGCAUGCAGCGAAACCAGCAAGCUCAACAGGAGCAAGGACAGGCGCCGCCGACAGGAUAG